AAUGCAUGAUGUGGGUACUCCACUUUCUCUUUUACACUUUGGUCUGUACUCUUAGCUUCUUAAGCAGCCAUGCAUGUCCAGAGAAAUGUGUUUGUGAACCAAUGGCAUCAGUGCAGUGUUUUAGGGUUCAGUCUAUACCUACAGGCAUCCCAAGAGACGUGAGGAAACUUAACUUAGGAUACAACCAUAUUAAGGAGAUAAAGGGUAGAGAUUUCUCUGGUUUGUCUGGCCUUGAGGAAGUGAUCCUGUUGUCAUGUAGAGUCGAGCAGCUUGAAGCCAAUGCACUCAGGGCGCAGAGGACUUUAAGGACUCUGGACCUCCAGAAAAACCGGUUACGUCAUGUCCCCCGUGGCCUGCCCCCCAGCCUGGAGAACCUGCACAUGGGCCACAACAGGAUCCAAACUGUGCAGGAGUCUGCUCUGCAGGGUUUGAAGAGGCUUCGUAUGUUGAACCUCCAGAAUAACCUGAUUACCACGCUGCGGCCCAGCACCCUCUCAGGUCUCGUGAAGCUGGAGGGUCUUUAUCUGGAAGGUAAUAAAAUUGCAAUGGUACAGGGCCUCCUCAGGCUACCGGUGCUAAAUCGACUUAGCAUAGCAAAUAAUAAGGUCCUGUCACUGCCUUCAGCUUUCUUCUCAUCACUGCAGCUUCUGAAAACGCUUGACUUGUCCUCAAACCUCCUGACACGGGUCCCUCAUGACCUCCCACAGUCUUUGAUUCAUCUGAACAUGGACAGGAACCAGAUUAGGACACUGAAGAGUCGUGACAUGGCCCAACUUUGUAAUCUCACCACCUUGUCUGUCUGCUACAACCGAGUUGUAUCUGUGGAUGGUGGUCUUCGUCUGCCCAGCUUGACUACCUUAGAGUUGGCAGGUAACCAGCUGCAGGUCAUACCUAGUAGGCUUUCACCUAAAUUAGAGAAGCUGGACUGUGGGCAGAAUCAUAUACAGGAAGUGACCUAUCAACAUCUCUCGGGAAUGAGACAACUCAGACAUCUCUUUCUGGAGAACAACACCAUCCGGCACUUUGAAACCAACGCUCUGAGAAACUGUCUUCAUCUAACCAACCUGGCUCUAGAGCAGAAUCUCCUCCCUACCAUUCCAUAUGGGCUCCCUGAAACACUAGUUCGCUUGGAUUUGAAAGGCAACCACAUCACCAUAAUACAGGAACAUGAACUGACGUCUCUCAAGAGGCUCCAAGUUCUGAAUCUACGUAACAACCGACUCUCAUCACUGCCCUCCAUGAAUAUUCUGCUUCCCAACCUCCAGACACUUUACCUGGAGGGAAACCCAUGGAACUGCAGCUGUGAGCUCCUCACCAUCAAGAGGGCCUUGCUAGCUAGGGAUAUAGAUAUUAGCUUAGAAUUUUGCACUGAGCAUGUCUAUAAAUCCGUGGACAUUUGGCAAGCAUAUGUAAAUGCACAGGAAAAAUGUGAGGAUCAGACUAGGGAUUCGUUACUGUUGAGCCAAAUGGAACAUACAGAAAAUGAGGAAUACUAUGAUGAUGAUUUCUAAUAUGAAAAGAAAUGCAGCAUCAUUAGUCAAAUUCCUCUGGUUGUGAGUUGCAGUUUGCAGUUUAUCUCACUGUUAAUACGUAUAUAAAGUUUUCUGUGUGCCACCAGAUAUCAUGGAUGGUUGCUGCUAAUAGUGUGUUACAAAGCUUUCUUUCUUA